GUGAUAAAAUCAUCGCGAGACCCGAUGAACACAUUCGGCUACAAGUUUGGUGGUUACCAAACCAUGAACCAUAAGGGAUUACCACCGGCUAUGGCUACUGCUUACAAGAAUUCAGCUUUCUCGGCCAGUAGUGUCUCAUCACGAGGGCCCACAUUCACCGAAACAUCGACGAAUUCACGCACUGAGCUGAUUCAUGGUAACGCUAAAUACUGA